UGCCGGCAUACAUGCUUGCACUAAAUUAGAAUCAUAGAAAGUGAAAGGUAUCGAUAUGGACAGUAUAAGCAUUGAGUUGGACACACCACUAAUCACGCAAGGCUGUGCGAGCAGAAUUGUUCGCACCAUUGUGGAGCUGUUGCUGUACAAUCGCACCCAAAUUCCCUUCCCAUACACAACCUUCCGAGCGAUGGUAAAGAAGCUGGAGUCAGCCGAUCCGACGGACGCUACCCAUUCUGUGGCGGAACUUCGGAUACAAAAGCAGCGCGAAAAGGCACAACAUGUGGUGCAGUGCGUGGAAAUGCUGUUCGAUACGAUAGAGAAAAUACUGUCCAACCAUCCACCGAUCGGUGAGCUGAUGAUCGUAUUUGGCAAAACAAUCUACACUGCCAAGGAAGCGUUUAUAAUAACACUGCCCGCCAUUGAUAGGAAUCACAUUGGCGAAAACCAUCAACGAUCGUUAGAAAAAGUGCUCCGAAAGUUAGGUUUACAGCUUACGCUUUGUGAUCAGCUGGUAAGCGGCCAGGCUGUAACGAGCGACACAAACAUAUUCGUUAUGGUACAAUCGUCGUGCACGCUUCAUCCCACGCUAGGAGUGAAUUUGUUGGACAAUUUUCAACUUCCCAAAAAGUGUGUAAAAUAUGAAAUCAGUUUUAAAAUGGCAAACAAAGGUGGAGACGAAACGGUGAACGGUUGCUGCAAACGAUUGGAAAUUUAUAGCGAAGAGGAAAGUAUGGUACAAUCCGGUACGCUGCCAACGGCCGCGCAAGCGACCACAACCGAGUUCCAAGGCCCUUUGAGCAACGAGUGGUUUCUACUGGACGCCGUAAUAAGUGGGUUUUCGAUCAAGUCCCCAAAAGAAAAUGUAAUGUGGAAAUGAAAAGUACAGUAAGUAAAAAGUCCUAUAACAAACCU